AUGACUCAACCAGCUCCUAUUGUAAAAAGCCUUAUUUACGCUGGGCAGAAAUAUAUUCCUAUUGCUAACGGCAGUAAGGUACAUUUCCACUUCCAAACAUGGAAACUAGGAAAGGAAAGGGUUUUGCUUGAUGACAGCAAGAAGAUUGGAAAGAAAGAACCCAUGGUAUUAGUGAUAGGACAUAAGUUUAAGUUGGAAGUUUGGGAAACUAUAGUCAAAAUGAUGGCUGUCGGAGAAGUUUCCAGUUUUAAAGUACAAAAAGAGCUAGUCUUCAGUUACCCCUUCAUAUCAAAAACUCUACGGGAGUUAGGACAGGAACAACAUAAAAUAAAGCAUUCAUGUACCAUGACCCUACACACGGAAGGCCUAGGCCAUCCAGACUUAGAUGACCUUAUGAAGAACCCAUGUGACCUGGAAUUUAUCAUUGAAAUACUAAAAGUGGAGAGGUCAGAUGAGUAUGAGAAAGAGUUGUGGCAGUUGAAUGCUAAGGAGCGAACAGACCUCAUACCCAUGCUCAGAGAGAAAGGCAACAAACUAUAUGUAGAGAAGAAAUACAAAGAGGCUGAGGAUGCAUACAGUGAAGCUUUGUAUAUCUGUGAACAACUUAUGGUCAGGGAAAGGAAAGGUGAUGAAGAAUGGGCGGAGCUGAACAAAGUAAAGCUGCCGAUACUACUGAACUACGCGCAGUGUAAACUGAUCAACGGAGAGUACUACGCUGUCAUAGAACACUGUAAUACUGUUCUAGAAUAUGAUAAAGAUAACGAAAAAGCGCUCUACAGAAGAGGUAAGGCUCACAUAGGCGCGUGGAACCCUGACGAUGCUGAAGAAGACUUCAAAAGACUAAAAUCCUUAAAUCCGUCCAUGUCAGCAACAGUUGACAAAGAACUCGAACAUAUAAAGAAAUUAAGAAAACAAAAAGAGGAACAGGACAAAGAUGCGCUUAAAAAAAUGUUUGUGAAGAAUGCAAAUGGGACCACAUAG